AUGAAUACUAAGUUCACCGUCUCCGGAGACGCGCCUUCAAAACAGGGCGAGAUUAGAGCGUCAUUUGAACAUCAACGAUUACUGUGUGCUCUCUUUCGCGAAGAAUUCUCCAUAGACGACCUCGAGGAGCUAAAUCUCUCACAUUGCUUCUGGGUUCGCAAUACCCGUAUUCUUUCCGUUACGUAUAAUACAUGGGCGGCUGAUGAUCGUCCACUGACGGAGCGCGAGAAUGACCCCAAAAUCCUGGACCUUGGAUGGUCUGAAUUUCUUCAUCCAUCACAGUCGCGUGAGUUUGAGGUGUCGAUGACACGUCAUUUCAUCAUCAGUGAGAAUCGUUUAUUCAACAACCCAGGACUCAAAUGCCUUAAUUUCAAGUAUGGGACAAGUGAGACAGUUGAGAGGUCAUCCCUAAAGGCUUACUUGGAGAAGCUGUUUGCCAUUCCACGAAGUGGUACAUUUGAGCCUACUGUGCUCCUCGUUCACGACACGAAUCGGACACUGAAGUUGCUGCAAGCACUUGGGAUAAACACUUCCAUGUGGGGGCACGGGGUUGCCGAGCUGCUCUAUGAGAAGAGGGCACAUUCCUCGGAGCAUGAUUCGCGCGACCAGCGUGAUAGAGACUAUGAUCCAUUGCGACGUUCUGCGCGAUCGCGGUCACCGCGUAGGAGCACGAGCGAACGACGAUAUCAUCGGCCACGCUCGCCACCCCCGCCUACAAAAUCCAUAUACGUAGUGGACGUUCGUGAAUUAUUUUUCGCGCUCAAAAUGACCUCGUCUCUGCAUGAUUCUUUGCGCGCCAAUGCCCAAGUUCUCGGUGUACAGGAAACCGGUGGCAUAAUAGAGAAGGGAUGGUGUGCUGGUAACGAAAGCAGGUUGCUCGGCCAGAUGUGGUUUUCAAUGGCACGCGGGCCAAAUAUAGAUGAUCAACGCGAACUUAGAUGGUCAUCUACGCUCGCUGCGUCCGUAAGCGUAGUUGGUGCCGCUCAGAGUGCCCAAGAUGAUACCUAUGGUGGUAGUGACGAGGAGGUUGAUCCAAAUGACAUGCUAGUGCAAGCUCCACCGGUUGCAACACUCUCGAAAAGCGGGCAGGCGCUGAUGGAUCCCGGUGGCUGGGACGACGAGUACGACGACGACGACUACUGA